CAGUUUAUUUUGAAAUUCAUUAUUGACAAGAUGCAAUUCAAGACAAUCGUUUUAUUUUCCUGCCUGGCAACCGUUGCCAUGGCAACGACUACGACAAAAUUACGCAUGAUGGAUCACACCGGGUUGACUGGGGAGCAAAGGGCUGCAUUAGAUGAGCUGAUGAAGCGCGUUCUGCCCAAAAUCAAGGAGGAUUGGGUCAAGGAUGAGUUGUACGUUUUGAAAUUUCUUCGAGCGAAAAAUUUCAAUGUGGACGAUGCCGAGCUGUACUUCAUUGGGCAUCUCUUUUGGCGCGAGGAUAACAAAAUGAGCGCCAUUUUAACCGAGGAUUUUUCCGACCUGAAGAAAGAUUUUCCUUACAAAUUUGACGGUCAUGACAAACAAGGCCGGCCACUUUUGAUCAUGGACUUUGGCUCGUGGGAUUUGGACGGGGCCGCGGAACGUGGUCAGAUUGACCGCGUGCUCCGCUACUAUGACCGCAUGUUGGACGAAGCGGAACACAAACUGCUCGAUUUGCAGCAUCAGGGCAAAAAUGUUACACAAUUCGUCUGGUUCUUGAACCAAGAUAAUAAAGCUUCCGUCAGCUUGGCAGCCGCCCGGGCUUACUGGCAUUCUGCAACCGUUUACGAAAAACAACAUCCCGGCUCUGGUGCCAGAAUGGUUUUGAUAAAUUCUCCGUCUCUCUUUUCCUCCGCCAUGUCGGCCAUUCGUCCCUUAUUGUCGCAAGAUACGAACGACAUCUUUGACAACUAUGCCGACGAGAAGGAGUGGAAACCCAUCUUGUUGGAUUGGGCCGACCCGGACCAAUUGUCCCCUUCCUACGGGGGAACGGGAGUAAAGGCAAAAUUCUGGCCGGUACGUUUCAUGGAGACGCGAAUAAACCCGGGUCUUGGUCCUGGCCAAAAUUUUUCGGGCCCAAACACUAAUCCGAUUCCUUCUAAGAGAAUACUUCUAAAUCGAAAAAUAUUGAUUUUCAAAAAAAAUUCUACUAAAAAUAUUUCUUGUAAUCAUACAUACAUAAUCAAAAAAUGGCGAUUAAAAAAAAUACUCUUGGUUUAAAAAAA